AUGGAUCAGUAUAUUCCUCGUGUAUCGUCCCGAAAUAAUCGAUUUCGAACCAACGUGUUCACGGGUCACAUUCAGCCCAAUCAAAAGAAAUCACAGAAAUCAAAAUUUUCGUCAGAACUAGAACACAUUAACGCUUGGCAAAAAAUAGAAGACAAACUUGAUGAAAAAACUCAAUUCAAAGAUUUAAACACCAAAUUAGCUGCCCUUAUCGAAACAACCAGAUACAAUGAAGCCGAAUAUCACGAGUUAAUAGAUGAAUUAGAAAUAUUCAAAAAAUAUUUAAAUAUUGAGGCAUCAAACGUUCGAAAUAUGUAUGAAUGUGAGAUUGAACAAAUCCAAAAAAUGUUGGAUUUAUCCGAAAAGCAAAAAUUUAUUGAGGAUAUAGAUCCAUUUGUGCAAUUAAAUGAAGAACGAAAUACACGAUUUAAUCUUCAGAACCAUGUGAACGAUCUUCGUGAACAGCUAGAGUAUAUGAUUGCCGUUCAGAAUAUGAAUAAUAUCCUCAAAUAUCAAAUUCAUUCCAUUAAAAAUGAAAUUCAAGAUUGUAAUGAAAGCUCAAAAGAAAUGAUUGCCAAUAAAAAUGAAGAAAUACAGCAACUUAGGAAUUUAUUUGAAGACAUUCUUGCUCAAAUGGAAUUGAUAAAUGAUAAUAACAUUUCUAUCAAAUCCGAAAUCGAUGUUUAUCGAAAAUUGCUUGGGGAUGAAACAGAGCAAAUCUUACCGAGUGUUCCCAUUAGUUUAAAAUGUCGUCUUGGAAUUGUCAGAAGUUGA